AUGAACAAAAAAACUGAACGUGUUCACUCUGUCUACUGCAAAUCCUUCUGCAACGCCCUGACGAAGAAUUUUUUGACCGGGUCGGCGCUUGCCAGCCCACUGCUCGCCUUGUGCCCGCGUUCUGCUAGCCGACUCGGCAAGCGUGAACUUUCCAGUGAGCUGGGUGCAAGGACAGACCCAACACCUGCA